GUCAGUGCGUCCAGAGUGAGUAAUACGAAUCCAACCGAAAACGCAAUAAAUUAUUGUGAAGCGUAAAACAAUCCCGAACAACAUGGCUAAAUUUGUCGUACUAGCGCUGUGCCUUGUGCUGCUCGCUGUGGUGGCAGAGUGUGCACCUAAUGGCGACUGUCCGGUGGCGUCGAAGGUACCGUCCUGCUCGCCCAAGUGUCUGACGGAUAACGAUUGCUCCUCCACCGGCGGCAAGUGCUGCUCCAACUCGUGCAACCUCAAAUCCUGCGUCGACCGUACCAAGCUUACGCAAGGCAGCGAUAAAUAUUCUUCCGGUGGUUCUGGAUCCUACUGUGGCAGUACGAAGUGCAACUCGUUCGAGAAGUGCGGAACCGAUCCGGCCACCAAGCGUCCGAAGUGCGUGCGUUCCUAGACACGUUGAUUGUGUUUACAGUUUUCUAACAAAGUGGCCGGCAAAGCACACCUCAUAACAGCUUCUGCAGCCCUUUUUUCAUCGGAGAUUGACUAUAUAAAUGCACAAGGAAAUAAAAACAACUUUAU